UUAGAAACCCUCAUUUUGUUAAUGAAGUAAAUGUUUCUCACAUUAAAUUUUCACAAAAUUAUAGAAUGGAUAGUAUAAUAUGAAGAUUGUUUCAAAUAGACUACUCUACAUAAAAUGACUUGCAAGAAACCAAUUGAUGUUUGUAAUAACAAACCACCAGCUAUGGGUUGUUUCCCAUGGUUGAUAAAGAAUAGUAUAAUUUUUGGAACCGGUAUCUACACUGGUGUGUACAUUGCACAAAAUUAUCAGAUUGACAAAGUAGAAGAUCCCAAGGCACUAUUUGAAAAAGCUCAAUGUUAUGUAAGAGAAAAACUAGAAGAAUUCAGCAAGAAAGGCAAGGAUUGAAACAACUGCAUUAAUGAAUGAAUUUAAUUUUCUGUAAAUAACAUUUACUAGUUAAAAUGAUUUAAAUAUAAAUAAAGGUAGCUGAAAAAAUAAAAUUUCUUUAUAGCAUGGAUAA